CCACCCCCUUCUCCGGGUUCUCUUUGUGCUUGCUAGCUAGCUGCUGUACAGGCUAGUCAGUACACAGGAGGAAGAGCAAGCAAGAACAGCAGCAGCAUGCACGCAGGCAGGCAGAGGCAGCCACAAAAGAGAGCUGCUGCCAACUCUUACACAGCCUGGGCUCCUCUGAUCACUGAUUGAUGCAAGCCCAGCUACUACCUUCCCUUUUUAAUUUUUAUAGCACACAUAUAUAAUCCCACACCCAUCCCAAUACUUAUAGUUUCUUGGGUUCUUGGCACCGUUCUGUCCUUUUAGAUUUCCUUGGAUUCCAUUCAGGCCAGGCCUUGCCCCCCUCACCAUAGAUACAUCUGCUCUCUGAUAGCUUCCUGCUUGUUUGCUCUUCUUGGCUUUCUUGAUUUUCUUCUUCUUUAGUCUACCUUUGGUUCUCUCUUUCUUGAUCCUGGUUUGCGCCGAAAGAUUGCAAUUUUGCCGUGUUUUUUCCUUGGAGUUGUUCUUGUUGUUGCUGCUGGAGGCCAUGGAUGAGAGGAUCCCACCGCCCCCUUUCUUCCAGUUCUCACCGUCCGGUGCCCAUUCUUCUCCUCACCAUCAGAGCCCCUUGAGGUCUCCUGCCUCUGAGAGGGAGAGAUAUCUUGCUGAGUUACUUGCUGAGAGGCAGAAGUUAGCCCCGUUCAUGCAAGUUCUUCCAUUUUGUAACAGGCUUUUAAACCAAGAGAUUUUGCGGGCAUCUUCUUUGCCACCUAACCCAAAUUUUGUUGAUCCUGAGAGAGUCAAUCUUGGUAGCCCACUAAGGUUAACUGGCCGCCCUAUGAAUGGUCAACCAAUGGAUCUGGAGGGAUGGUCAGGAAUGCAAACAGAGCAUAUGGUGGUACCCCAAUCACCAUCCAUGGGCUGGAAUGGUGCUCCUGGAGUUGCUGGAGGCCCUGUUGUUAAGAAAGUUGUCAGGAUUGAUGUUCCUGUUGACAAGUAUCCCAAUUACAACUUUGUUGGCCGUUUGUUGGGGCCACGAGGAAACUCUCUGAAAAGAGUUGAAGCUACCACCCAAUGUAGAGUCUAUAUUCGUGGACGGGGUUCAGUGAAAGAUUCUGUUAAGGAAGACAAACUUAGGGAUAAGCCUGGCUAUGAGCACUUAAAUGAUCCACUGCAUGUACUUGUGGAAUCUGAGUUUCCAUCGGAUAUCGUUGAUGUACGACUAAACCAAGCCGUGGCCAUCCUGGAGGAUCUUCUGAAACCAGUUGAUGAAUCCAUGGACUACUACAAGAAACAACAGCUGCGGGAACUGGCAAUUUUGAAUGGCACUCUAAGGGAGGAGAGCCCAAGCCCCCACCUUAGUCCCAGUGUAUCCCCCUUCAACUCAACUGGGAUGAAACGUGCAAAGACAGGACGGUGACUGGAGAUCGCAAUUUCUGAAAAUCUGAUGUCUGAGCUGAUGAUGAGCUGAACUGAACAUAUUGCAAACCUGUUCUACUGCUGCAAAUGAUUGCUGAUGCAAACAAAGGAAGGAUCAAGCACGGCUGGCAUUUAGGCCUGCCGUGAUUUUGUGCGCUUGACCGCAGAUAUAUUGUUGAAUGGAAGAAAAAUCUAUGUGAAAGUGAUCUGUCUGCCUCCUGGGGUUGUUGCUUGCUCAUAUUGUUGUUUAUUCUUUGUGUACCUGGCUCCUAAGUAUUAACAUUGUUGCUUUGGAUUAGUUAAGGCAGUUGAUGGGUGGUUCUAGAUAUUGGGAUUCAAGUGGUGGACAAUAAUCAGGUCUUGGUCUGUACAAGGAGUUGUUGUGGGGUGUCAAAAAGGUUGCUGUUCUAGUGGACAACUGUGAUUGAUACAGUUAGUUCUCAAUAAUAUUAUUUGCAUUGGCUAUUCUUUUA